AUGGCAGACUCACAGAAUACACCGGUGAACGCACAGAUCACGCUGUGCGCCGUAGCGGACAGCAGGCCCGAGCAGUGGGCAGGCGCGGACAUUCGGGCGUGGGCUCUGCAGCGACCUCUGUCGAACUCACAGAAGAUAUGCGACCUGUACCAGUGCGUGCACUGCGGCGAGGUGGCGGCGCGGCGCGCCAAGCGGCGCUCCGCGCGGCGGGCGAGCGAGACGCACGCGGAGGGGCCGUGGGACGAGCCCGCGGCGCGGAGCCUGCACAUCACGGUGUCGUAUGAGGAGGUGGAGUGGCGGCUGCGGCGGCGCACGCUGCCGAUCCUGCCGAGCGCGCAGGACGCGCGCGGCGCGCGUGGCGCGGCGCCGCUGUUUCAGGCGAGCGUGGACGAAGACGACGCGGGGUCGUGCGAGGAGAGCGAGUCCGCGCCGGGGAGCGCCGGGGCCCGGGCGGGCGACGACGUGGUGCUGACGUCGCCGUGCUCGCGACACCACCACCGGCGCAACUCGAUUGCGGUUCGGUUUACGAAGACGUGUCUCAAGACUUUGUAG